AUGCUGCAAGGCUUCAUAGACUUGUCCGACAAUGAACCGACACAAUGUCGAACAAGUUCAUUCAAAAUUACUCUAAUACACGUCACUAUCUCGACCUUAACUAUUUGGGGGUUUUUCGACAUUUGCUUGAUUGUGUUUCGUAACGCAAGCUGGGAGAAACUAGGUCAAACAAAAAAUGACACAACACAAUGCUGGUGUGGUACGCAGAAUGAAGAAGUUGUCGCGAUGGGCUGCAUAUACGACCACAUCGCGGUUGACUGGUUGCCGUCGCAUUGCCAUGAUGCUGACCUCGUAGCCGAAUUCGAUGCUUCAGGUCCUGGUACGAAUGGUAUGUGGCCUUAUUACCGUAUUGAGUCCCAGGGGAUACUUGGCCGAAACUUCAUUCCUAUCGAAGAUGACCCGACUACAACCAUUGAUACGCUUGCACAGCGUGAGGAAAACUAUUGGGCAACGACAGAGUGGCAUGUAGCGCACUGCUUAUUCACGUGGCGUAAGCAAAUAAAAUUUCUUGGUCAAGAUAUGAAGGGUCAUUUGAUGGAACCGUGGAAUGCUAGAGAGACACACGCCAAACACUGUAGCGAGUAUAUCUGGAAUGUCAUCAGGCAGGGGCGGUCCUUAGAUGAAAUUACUACGUUCAUACCCGGAAACGCGCGUCAUGUGGACGAGUGA